AUUGACCUGGCCAGCUGUUGUUAUUGUGGUUGGUGAUCGACUGUAUUAUAAAACUAGAAUUUUCGGCCUAGAAAUUAGUCGUCAAAACUUUGUUUUCAGGGGUUUGUUUGUUGACCUCAAGGCACCAUGGAGCUCGUUUGCUCCGAAGUGGGCAAAAAGAUACGCUCGGCCAUCAAGGUUCGGCUGAUGGAGCUCGGGAAAACGGUGGACGACGAGUUGGUCGACUACAUCAUGGUGAUGGCAGCCAACAAGAAGGAAGAAGCGCAAAUGGCCAAAGACCUGCAGCCCUUUUUGGAGGAGGACACGGUCAAGUUCACCAGUUGGCUGCAGAAGGUGCUGAAGAAACUCGAGCAAAUCACGGUCACAGUGACCGACAACGACUACAAAGUGGCCACUCCUGCCGUGGUGGCCAAAAAGCCCAAGACGGGAGUCGAAGGAGUAAAAAAGAAGAGCAAAGACGAGGGUAAAGACAAAAAGAAGAAGACAAAGGUGACAAAAGAGUCGCCCGAAGGUGGCAAGAAGAUCAAAGUCGUCAAAAUCAAGGCGGCUGGCAAAUCUGCAACAGAGGUGAAGAGCAAAGCUACUGUUGUCAAAGUGAAGAAAACGGUAAAAGAAGAGCCGAAAUCUCCCUUGGAAUCUGCCCCCAGCACUUCUGGACUGCAGAGCUCUGUGGUUUUGCGAGUAGACCCAGAGCGGAGGUCAGAAAAUGUUCAGCAGGUCAAAGCAAGGGAACCGGUCAUGAUGACAAGUGAUGUUGAUGAGGACGAUGAUGACUUCAUCAAUAUUAAAACUGAUUUGAAUGAGGAGGAAGAACUCUUGGGAGACGAACAGCCCAAUGGCAACAAAAUCAGUCGCCAUGAAAAACUCAGCAGUGAUCAUGACAGUGAGUCUUCGAGGUCUCGGUCGUCAUAUCGAAACAACAACCAGGCAAUAACCACUGCUGAACUGCGGGCCCGGAGAAAUUUGAACAGGUCGCAUGAGGAUUCUCGCUCACCACAAAUUGCAGUUCGUUCUCAAGUGGUUGCUGCAAAACGCAAAAGUCCAAGUCCGCCUCCGAGAGUUUCGGUCAUGUCCAGAAUUGGGGCCGUUCUCAAACGGAAAGCGGAGGAGGAGGAAGACGACGUGAAGCCUAGGAGUGUGGCUAGUGUAGUAAGAAUCAAACCCAGGACCACUCUGCCUCCUGAAGCCCGACCUUCCAAGUUUUUGCUUUUGAAGGCAAUUAACGAGGCACAGAAAUCAAUAACAACCUCGAGGUCGAGGAGUUUUGAAGAGGAGGAGGAGGAAGACCCUAGACCCAAACUGUUUACUAAGAAUUUGAAAAAUCGUCUCGGAGCUAAGGAGAAAAUUCAGAUAACUCUGCGCAACUUGCCGGUGGAGAAGAAAUACACCCUAGAGGAGGACGAGGAUGAAGAAAUGAAUUCAGGCGAUGCGUAUGUGCCGGAAAUAACUUCCAGCAGGUCUAACCCGCCGGUAACUUACAAACCUAGCCCCAUCAUAAAACCCGAUGCAAAUAAAAAUCAAACACAGUUCUUAAUCACUCUGGAUGGCUACGAGGAAUACUCAAACAAGUACUUGAGAGCGACAGCUGAAGACAUUGAGAUGCUGCAGGAGGAAGGCGUCGAAAUGGAAAUCAUUGACGAGGCCCAACUCGUUGGUGAUGCGACGGCGCCGAGCAAACCAAAACGCAAGAGGAUUGUCUUCACCCCUGAACCUGAAGAACCAAUGGUCACAGAGCCAGUGAAGAAAAGUACGGAGAGGUGCAAAUUUUGGCCGGCCUGCCGCCAAGGCGACGGUUGCCAGUUUCAUCACCCUUCCACCACUUGCACCAAUUUUCCAAACUGCAACUUUGGUGAUCGCUGCCUGUACAUACACCCGAACUGCAAAUUCGAUGCUGCCUGCACUCGAAAGGACUGCCCGUUUACUCAUGCUAGCCCAAGGAGCUUCAAUCCGGUCCCUGUUGUUCCAAAAUUUGUGCCAGCUCCCAUAAUCAGACCAUUAGCUCCAGUAAAGCCAUCUGCUGCGACUGUUUGCCGUUUCUUCCCUGGCUGCACAAACAUGACCUGCAGAUUUUUCCACCCCAAGCCCUGUCGUUUUGGAGCCAACUGCAAAAACUUUGGAUGCAUCUUCACUCACCCUGAGGUUGCUCCCGUCACCAAACUCAAGUGGGUAAACACAGCGUCGGUAUGAAAUUUUUGUAGCUCCUCUUUUUAAUUGUUAUUUACAAGAAAAGUAGCCAAUCAGGUUUCUUGAACACUGUCCUUAUACUUUAAGCUUGAAUAAAAAUCGUGUGAAACGCAUGCACGUCUCCGCAGA